CCAGUUUUCCAUGAGCCGACAAAGACCGUCCGAUCUCUGACUAUUAGGUGACGUGGAUGCUUUUGUCACCGUUCUUUCACCCUUGACUUUCCAGCUCCUUACAAACCCUUUUCCCUCUAUUUCUCUACCUUGCUCCGCCGUUUUGGAACCCUUCGCUCCGAUCUUUCAAACCGGCUUCGAUUUUCCGUCUCGCUAGGGGUUUAAUCUUUGCGGAUCUGAGGAGGUUUCGAUCUGUGUCGGCGCUUUUGGUUUUAAAAGCUGUUUCUAGCUAGGGUUUGGGAGGUUUCUGAGCUGUUUUUCGAGCUGGAGGAAGGAAAUCGAGGGUUUUUCUGUGGAGAUCUGUGGUGCGAUCUAAUGGCGACGGAAUUAAAACAGCAGAAGCCUCUCGAAGGUGUAAUGAAGAAUCUGAAAAUAGAUCGUCCCUCUGAUGUCAGCCAUCCUACUAUGGUUGCUUCGAAGGAUGGAAGCCCGUCUGAUGCAACGUCCUGUAUCUCCUCGUCAGGAGAUGCGACAGGCAGUGUUAAGGAAAGUGAAGUGGAUCAUGAGUCUUUGAUGGCUGAGCAAGGAGUGUAUUAUUCACCCAGUAGCUACUAUGGAUACUAUUACCCAGGAUAUGACGCUUCGUUUGGAGAAUGGGAUGAUCAGGGUUACUUUUAUGGGACUGAUGGAUUGGAUCAAUAUCCUGCCUUUCCAGCAGAUAAUGGAUCUCUCCUUUACUAUAUGCCGGGGUUUCAACCUGGCUAUAAUCCUUACAGUCCAUACUCACCUGGAGGUAUGGUUGGUGUUGAUGGACAAUAUUUGAGUCAACAACCAUACUUAUCGAGCCCAGUGUUUUCACAGCCCAUGACUUCCCCAGGAUAUUACGCUUCUCCAGUUCCAUAUGGAUCAGAAGUAGCACCAGCAUAUCUGUGGGAUCCAUCUAUAUUCGGUGAUGGGGCCCUUGGUAGUGGCUUUAGUGGAGGUCCAACAGUCACCGGACCCAAGCCCAAUUACCCUGCCGCAAGUCAUACGCUUGCUCCUCCGAAACCUACACUACCCUCUAAAUCUAAUAUACUAGAAACAAAAGGCUCCUUGCCACCAUUGAAUGUGCCUCCAAGCACUGCCCUUCAUAACCAAUCUCUGAAGCCAACAAAUAAGGUAUCACAACAUGGGUUUCAAUCCCCUGCUCUCCUGGCAAAGGGUUACUUUCCCAUAUCUAAGUUCCCAUCAUUCCCCAGCCAUGGGAAGAGUGACUUGCGCUACCCAAACAGUCCUAUCAAUAUCAAAGCAAACGAGCGAGGUUGGGGAGGCACUGAAAAGCCUAAAACGAGAGCCAAGGCCAAUGGGAUGAGUGAUUUUGACUUGCUGAAUGAACAGAACCGUGGCCCAAGAACCAAUAGUGCCAAAAGUGCGUGGGUAUCGGAGGUUGGUCAAGCUGGAUCUCCUGGUGCUGAGGGCAAAGACAAUAGCAGCAGCUCUAUUAUAAUCAGGAGGGAUCAAUACAACCAUCCAGACUUUCCAACCAAAUAUGAACAUGCUUUUUUCUACGUAAUAAAAUCAUACAGUGAGGAUGAUGUCCAUAAAAGUAUUAAGUAUAAUGUUUGGGCGAGCACUCCGAAUGGAAAUAAGAGGCUUGACAGUGCAUACCAAGACGCGCAAGAGAGAACGGGGGAGAAAGGCAGCAAGUGCCCUGUGUUUCUUUUCUUUUCGGUAAAUGCCAGUGGUCAGUUCUGUGGAAUAGCUGAGAUGACUGGCCAUGUAGAUUUCAACAAGAACAUGGACUUCUGGCAGCAGGAUAAGUGGAAUGGAUUUUUUCCGGUCAAGUGGCACAUUAUAAAGGAUGUACCAAACCCACAGUUUCGUCAUGUAAUACUGGAGAACAAUGAAAACAAACCCGUUACUAAUAGCAGAGAUACACAGGAGGUGAAAUUUCCUCAAGGCAUUGAAAUGUUGAACAUUUUUAAGAACUUCACUGCCAAGACAUCCAUAUUGGAUGACUUUGGGUUUUAUGAAAGCCGGCAGAAAGCAAUGCAGGAAAAGAGGAUCAGACCACUGACGCUACACCCAGAGCAAUUACAGAAAGCAGAUGAAGGCCAGCAUGUGACCAAGGCAGGUGAUUCAAAUUCUAUUGUUGCUGGUGACCAGGUGAUUGAACUGGCUUCUUCUAAGAAGAACAAAGAAAUUAAGGCGGGCGUUGAAGCCAAGUAGCAAAGGCAACUUUUGAAAAGGGGAUCAUUUUGCCAUGGAACAGCUCGCGGAUGUUUUGAAGAACAUGGCUCAAAUGGCCAUCACAAUUGACGAUCAAAGAUGCCAGGAGGGAGUGUUGUAUUUUGGUUCCUGUGUAGAGGGAUUCACUGCAUUUGAAUUGGCCUCAUUUGAUGAGAUUCCGGUGACUGGCAUCCUAUCUUCGAGCAGACUCCCAGCUGUGAGCUGGUGGAGAUUCACGAUGGCUGCUGACUAGAAAUUCAGUGCACCGAUCCGUGCCUUUUGUUUUCUUUUUCUUUUUUUUUUUCUUUUGGUGGUGGGGUUGUGGUUUGGAUAGGACAGACUUGGCUGUAUUGUAACUGGUGGUGGGUGUGUUUGGAUGCACAAGAGGGGAAGGUUUUUUUUCUGGAAUGGGGGUUGGUUUUUGCUUGUGAGGCAUCCAUUUAGGGCCACAGCUUCUCUCAAAUUAGAAGAGUGGGGCUGUAUCUUCAUUGUUGUAAAAGGGUACAAAAAAGAAAAAAAAAAAGAGA